AUGCCCUCAAUGGCUCGCAAGCGCGGGGCCGCCGCCAGAAUGAGGGACAAGACACCGUUUCCCACCCAGCAGAUGGCCAUAUUGGCACUAUGUCGGAUAUGCGAGCCAAUUGCAUUCACCUCAAUCUUCCCGUACGCCUACUACAUGGUCCAGUCCUUCCACGUCACCGAAGGCAAGGCGCAAAUUGCCAUGUACGUUGGCAUGGUCACCUCCGCCUUUGCCUUCGCCGAGUGUGCAUCGAGCAUGCUCUGGGGACGCCUGAGUGACAAGAUUGGGCGCAAGAGGUGUUUCCUCGGAGGGCUAUUUGGAACUGGAUUGAGCAUGUGUCUCUUUGGUUUUGCAAAGAGUUUGCCAAUGGCGCUGUUUGCGCGUGCGAUGGGUGGCUUGUUGAACGGAAACGUUGCAGUACUACAAACCACAGUUGCAGAGCUGGUCACCAAUGAAAAACACCGACCUCGCGCAUUUUCGAUCAUGCCCUCAAUCUGGUGUCUGGGCACCAUCUUUGGAUCCGGCCUUGGCGGACUGCUCACGGAGCCUGUCAAGAACUACCCUUCGAUAUUCUCUCCUGGCUCCGUCUUCGACUCCUACCCGUACCUUCUCCCAAAUUUGGUCUGCACACUGGUAGUAGCUUUCGCGCUGGUCGUGGGCUUCCUCUUUUUGGAAGAGACACACGAAGAUAUCAAGCAUGAGCGAGACCGGGGGCUCGAAGCGGGCAGGUGGCUACUACGGAAGUUCCGGAAAAGCAGCGGGGAAGAGCCCUUGAGCGACAAGGAUGCCUGUUUCGAGGAGACACAGUCGAUGCUAAACGAAGAUAACUGGGCUGCAUUCCACAGCACUGGAAGCUCACCUACGCUGUGUAGCUCCAGAACCUCCCUCGCGGAACCUCCGCCAUAUUCGAUAGGCGCAGCCGAAAAGCUGCAAGUCCAGCACCUCAGCUGGCGCAACGCGUUCAGCCGACAGGUCUGCUUGACGAUCAUCGGUUACGGUUUUCUUGCGUUUCACACAGUCUCGUUCGAGCAGUUGAUGCCGAUCCUCAUGUCUCUUCCUGAAUCUGAGGUCCCACCUCAGCUACCACUCAAAUUUGAGGGCGGCUUCGCUCUAUCUACUAAGACGAUCGGCAUGAUUCUUUCCGUUCAGGGAAUCUACCAAAUGUUUGCUCAACUUAUCGUCUUCCCUUGGAUCAAUUCCCGCCUCGGGACCCUUCGCACCUUCUGGCUCGGCAUUUUCACCUAUCCUCUUCUCUACGUCAUCACGCCAUACCUGAUUCUUCUUCCGCCUGGCUUCCGACUCCCAGGUGUCUUCGCUAUCCUCGCGUGGAAAGUUACGGCCCAGUCCGUCUGCCUUCCCUCCCUAGCCAUCAUGCUUGCGGCCGCUGCACCUAGCAGGAAAGUCCUGGGCACACUCAACGGCGCCGCUGCCUCCUCCGCCAGCGUCUGCAGGGGGUUUGGUCCCACUGUUUCGGGCAUGAUCCAGAGUACGGGGCAAACGAUUGGCUAUUCCGGCCUCGCGUGGUGGAUGUGCGCCAGCGUAGCACUGGUCGCCUGUGUACCUAGUGCGAUGAUGAAGGAAGAGCGCAAGAGCGCCAUGGCGCGGGCCCUCGAGGAGGAUGACACGGAUGACGAGGCGGCACUGUCCACGCUUGUGGACUCCGACGAGGAUGAUGAUGACGAGGACACGGAGAGUGUGAUUACGCUCACGGGGGAAGAGGAGGAGCAGGCGGUGGCUGAAGCGGCCAAGGCCAUGGAUCUUGAGAGGAAUUGUGGCUUAUGA